CCCACCCGCACCCCUUCACCGUUGGGCCCUUCCUCCCCGCCGCCCCGGUUUCCUAGUGGCUGUUGACGUCUGUCUGGCGCGCCUGACUCCACGGCCUGUUAACGUCCUUCCGUGUUAUGGCUUCCUUGUAGUGAAAGGGCGCGGUAGCUCCGGCCGCGAUGAGCUUGGUGCUGAGGAACCUGCAGCGGGCGGUGCCCCUGAGGCGGGCGCGGCUCCGCGAGAAGGUGCAGGCGGCGCGGAGAGCCCUGGGGGUGCAGCGCUUCGACCUGGGGGUCGUCUGUGUCGACAACAGAAAGAUUCAGCAGAUUAACAGAAUCUACAGAGACAAAAAUACCCCAACCGAUGUGCUUUCCUUUCCAUUUCACGAGAAUCUGAAAGCAGGCGAAAUUCCCCAGCCUGAUUUUCCAGAUGACUAUAAUUUAGGAGACAUUUUCCUGGGAGUGGAGUAUAUCUUCCAGCACUGCCAAGAAAAUGAAGAUUACUAUGAUAUCCUGACUGUGACUGCCAUCCACGGGCUCUGUCACCUGCUGGGCUUCACACACAGCACGGAGGCCGAGUGGCGGAAGAUGUACCAGAAGGAGAAGCAGGCUCUCGAGGAGCUGAGCGGGCACACAGGGACCAGGCUGCAGCCCCUGAGCAGGGGCCUCUUCUGACCGAAGUGCCACAGUGUGGAUGGGAAGUGGGUACCCCCCCGGGCCCCAGGGACCAGGGCUCCCCACGCUGAGGUCCCCGCUGGCCACUGCUGGCCUGCUGCACAAGUGCCAGCCCUAGCAGGCGCUGAAUUCCACGAGUGGAACUUGCUUCUUAAAACACGAGAGAAAUUUUCACUCAUUUCUUUGUUCAGGACACAGUAGGUGUGUUAUUUUCAGUGUUGUAAAUAAAAUAGUUGCAAGUG